AUGCGUCGCGUUGUGAAGCAGAAAGGGAAUGAGACUGGUCACGAAUUUCUGACUGUAUCUGGGACAACCGCGUCGACUGGUCCAGUUGCACCCAGUGAUUCCCAACCUCCAUCCUAUUCUCUCAAACGCAGCACUACCUCCGAUUUGGCGCCUCCUUCGAAAAGAAUCAAAGUUGGCCAUGAUGAAGACCGCCAGUCGCUGAGGGAAAUUGUCAUUCAAUACGAUGGGAGUGACGUCCACUCCAAGUUAUCACAGCGACUCCAGGCUCUCGAUCCAUCGCAUCCAGCCCUCAAACAAGCCCAGUACAUAGAUGAACACGUCGGAACUUGUGCUGCAGACUUUUUCUGGUGUAACUACUCGAAGAAUGGACCCACAACAGAACAAGAUGCUAAACUGGUCCAGAUUAUCAAGAACUGGAACUAUACUGUGCCAAAUCUGGAUCCGACGUCUCCAGGAUUCAAUGUUUCUCCCAAAUUUCUUCGACUAUUCCAAAUUGUUAAAGCGUUCGAGCCUUAUGGAAAGGACUUUCGGGGAAUUAUUUUUGUAAAAUGUCGGAUAACGGCUACUGUCAUCGCGCAACUCUUUUCGAUGCUUUCAGAACUCCUUCCGUCCAUCAAAACCUUCGCUUUCACUUAUGACGAUGACCAAAAGGAAAUGUAUCAAAAAUUCGAAUCAGGCAACCUGAACCUUGCAAUUGCGACCAAGUCUCUUGAGGAUCUGGAUUUUCCAGACGUCACUGUUGUUAUACGAUUCGACCUAUCUGAAGAACUACUCUCGUAUGCCUACCACCGAAGCUUCCUCGCCGCCGAGAAAGAGACGUUCCUUGUUCAUAUGGUUAACAACGGCCAUCAACCUCCUCACCUUUUGCGAACCAAUAACGCUACGGAACCUGAUCUGCUUCGAUGGAUCAAAAUUGUUGGUGAAGACCCAGCUGGUGCUGUUCCGCCCAUCGUGCUGCAGCUAGAGCCGUUUGAUGAAGGACAAGAGGACGCAGAACAAGACAGAAUCAUCGAGCCAACUACCGGAGGAGUUAUAACUCUACUCACCGCCACCGCAGUUUUGUAUCGACUUGCCUCACGUGCAAACGACAUCAACUUCCCGUCGCCUCUAUUUGACUUUCAUAAGGAGGGAAAUCUCUAUACGUGUACUCUCUUGUGGCAACAUAUACUACCGCGCCGUAUCUCUGGUCGCACCUACCCCUCCAAAGCUCAUGCGAGGCGUUCUGCGUGUUACAACUUCUGUGAUGCGCUUUGGCGAGCAGGCGUACUUGAACCAGACGCCUUUCUCAGCCCUCUGAAGUCGAUUGCGUGGCAUUCAUCCGAGUUAGCGUCAAGAGAUACGAGUCUCGGAGUGCAAGUCUACCCACGGAAAAGCCCUAAUUUUUGGUCCCACUCGCCUCUGCAAGAACUGUACCUGUUUCCCACCGUCAUCAUCAUCCCCGCCUUGAAGGAUAAAUACGCACCACUACUGCUCCUCACGCGCCAACCGUUACCGACCUGUCCUGCGUUCAAUCUUUUUUUGGACGAUGUGACAGUAAAUAUUGAGAUAGUCAAAUACUCGCCUUUCACCGUUGAGCCCAAGCAACUAGUUCUUCUGCACUCCUACACGCUACGUCUCUGUCGAUCUGUUGCUAACAAAGCGUUUACCUGUCCUAUCGAAGCUAUGCCCUACUUUCUUGCGCCACUCCAACGGCCUUGGGAGAGGAAAAGCCCCCAUAGUAUCAUUCACGACGAUAUUCCCUGGCAACUUGUUGCAGAAGCGGCAGAGUCUUGGUGCAAACCGCUGGCUUAUGGCCCUGCCCAUAUUGUCGCAGCCGAUGUAAAUGACGCAGUGCUGCUUGAUAGAGCGACUGAGCUUACAAGACGAUAUGAAGCCCUUUGCGUCCGACCUGACUUGAGUCCUCUGAGUCAUCCUGAAGAUAGUCCACGCGAAGCAUCUUAUGCAAACCUCCUUGAAUAUUGCAAAGCUGUGCGGAAGAACUUUGAAAGGCUAAAAGACGAGAACCAGGCACUUGUCGAAAUUGCCUCAGUCAUGACUUCUACAUCGCAUCUUGAUCCUGCAAAACCUCAGCAAGUCAGUGGUCCCCCACCUCCGAAGUAUCUUAUACCAGAAUUGUGUUUGAAAUUCACAGUUCCUGCAAGCACGUUUCGGACUGCAUUGCUGUUUCCGUCAAUAUCCCGUCGUCUUGACAGUUUUUUGCUUGUCAAGGAACUGAACGCCAGAUUCUUCAAUCAUCAAAUCGCGGAGGACUUGCUUAAUAUGGCAAUUACUACAACCUCCAGCCGAAUGGAGUUUGAUUAUGAGCGGUUGGAGCUUCUGGGUGAUUCAUUCUUGAAAUACCUGGCGUCCAUCUAUGUCUUUGUCAAUGAGCCGUCCAACCGGGAAGGUGCCUUACAUCGUGCGAGACAGCAAAUCGUCAACAAUCAGUGCCUGUUUCGCAGUGUGGAUUGUGUUGGUUUGCCUGCCUACAUUCAGUCUAAAGCAUUCAGUGUCAAGGCAUGGCAACCACCCAAUUUUCAAGUAACCGAGAAUGCCGGCGUGAAGACGGAGGUGAUGGAGAAAAAGCUGCAAAAGGAGCGAGAACAAAGACUGGGGGAUAAGGUGGUUGCCGAUAUUGCCGAAGCUAUUCUUGGCGCUGCAUAUCUCAGCGGGGGGAGAGAUGUCGCUCUGUUGGCUGCCAAAUCGCUGAACCUGCCCUUCCCAAACGUAGACACGUGGGCGGACUUGCGUCGGAAAUUACUUGUUCCUCCAGCGAAAAUCUCGGCGAAGCUCGCAUCUGGGACUAUCGAGGCUGUCCACGAAUUGAUUGGGUGUAAACUUACCAGCAAACACCUCAUUGCCCAAGCUCUGACUCAUGCGUCAAUAUCGGUCUACGACCGUGUGUCGUAUGAAAGACUCGAGUUUAUCGGUGACGCUAUCCUAGAGCUCCUUAUCGUCGACCACAUUUAUGCACGCAAUUCGAGCUUGACGGCUGGGGACCUGACAGUUUUCAAGGGCUCCAUGGGAUCGAACCAGACGUUGGCCGCGAUUUGUGUCGACUCCGGCUUGUAUCAGCAUGUGCUUCUUUCCGACAACCUACGCCCAAUAGUCGAGGACUAUGUGCAACACCUCAAGGCGGUGAAAUAUGAGGCAACGAAUAUGGCGGCUAUAGAAGGGCGUUCUGUUGGUCAAUACUGGCAGGAACUCAAUGCUCCCAAGGUCCUCUCUGACGUUGUCGAGUCCAUACUGGGUGCCUCAUAUCUAUCUGACGACAUGGUUGGAGCAGAAUCUGUCUUCGACACGCUUCUGCAGCCGUUUUUCAAUCGCUACUUCAUGGAAGACACCGUCUCUCAGCAUCCAACGAAGACUCUGCUGGAACGCCUCCAAGCUAAUAAAUGCCUAGACUUCAGGGUCGUUAAAGAAAAACUCGGGCUCCAGGCGCGAUGCUCCAUUGUCGUUCAUGGUGUGAUUUUGGCGAUGGGGGAAGGCUCUUCAACGAGUUUGGCGACUCGACAAGCUUCCUGGUGCGCAUUGGAUGCUCUUGACGGAGACCCGAGCUUCCUUGAAGUUUGUAACUGUGCCAAAGAAGGUCGAGAGCGGAAAGCUAUUGUGUUCGAAGAUGUCUUGUCUAGUUUGGAUGACUAG